UGUGGCCUGUGGGAAUGUUACGGACUUUCCUUUUUGGUGGCGCGCUCUCAUUGAUUUCUUCCCGUAAUAGUGCUACAUAUUUCCCCAAAGCCGAUUUGUCCUAUUCGAGACCGACUCUCUCUCUCUCUCCUAUGGCUUCGAUUCCAGAAUCAGGUGAAUCAAAGUCUCAUUUGGAACCCUAGAUGUUUACUACUUGAAAGCCUGAUGUUUUCACUGGCUGAGAUUGAAGUUAGCAGUCUUUGAUCUUUGGAUCGAGUUUUUAGAGCUUAAUUUGGGGAAAUCUGCUCUCUAUUGAAGUGGGUUCUCAUUAUGGAUAGUAACAAAGACGAAGCUUUAAAAUGUGUGGGCAUCGCCAAAGAGGCGAUCGCAUCGGGCCAGAAGCGACGUGCUCUAAGAUUCAUCGAAAAGGCUACACGGCUUAACCCUAACGUGUCUGUUGAUGAUCUUUUGGCAGCUUGUGAAAAUUUAGAGUCGGCAUCUAGUGAUCCUAAUACUGAAAAUCAUGUCGAGAGUACAAAGAAUAAGCCAGCUUCGUCUACCUUUGAUGAGGUUUCAAAUGGGGAGCGUAGUUAUACAGAAGAGCAUGUGGAGUUGAUUAGGAAAGUCAAGAGAAGUAAGGAUUACUACGAUAUUCUUGGUCUAGAGAAAAGUUGUUCGGUGGAGGAGAUAAGGAAGGCAUAUAGGAAAUUGUCUUUGAAAGUUCAUCCGGACAAGAACAAGGCCCCAGGUUCUGAGGAGGCAUUUAAGAAAGUUAGCAUGGCAUUCAAGUGCUUGAGCUCCGAUGAUUCGAGGAGGCAGUAUGAUCAAACAGGCUUUGUUGAGGAAUUUGAGCACAACCAGCAGUAUAAUGUGAGGCGGCGUCGGAGGAGAACUGGGUCUGAUUGGUUUGAAGACGAUUUUGACCCUGAUGAGAUAUUUAGAUCAUUCUUUGGCCAGACAGAGAUGUUUCGGGCAUCCCAUGUUUACAGGACUAGAGGGACUGGCAAUCAACAAAGGGAUGACGUUGGUGGAACAGGGCCUAAUUUUAUGGUUCUACUUCAGAUAUUACCGUUCCUGCUAAUAUUCUUGCUUGCUUAUCUGCCCUUCUCAGAGCCUGAGUAUUCUCUGCAGAAGAACAAUUCCCAUCAGUUUUCGAAGGUUACUGAGAAUCAUGGAGUGGAGUUUUACGUUAAAUCCGCGGAUUUUGAUGAGAAUUAUCCACCUGGAAGUCCUGGUCGAGCUAACAUCGAGAAUAGCGUGAUAAGAGAUUACAAAAAUUUGCUUGGUCGGUACUGUCACAUAGAGCUUCAGAGGCGUCAAUGGAGCAGGAACAUGCCAACUCCUCAUUGCGACAAGCUACAAAGCUUCGGACAAGCAUGAAGGUCAGCUGAUAUUGCAUAGAGAAUAUAUUGUAUGACAUUUAUUUUCAUGAUCGAUGCUGAAUUGUUAAGCCAGCAGCCAUGGACAUGAUAUUCGUGUUUUUAGAUGAGUGCUUUUCUUUUACUGUCAUGUUUAGUUGGAUUGUGCCCGGUAUGAUUUUAACGCUCUAAGUUUUGUUGUUCAUGCCCUUCUCAACCAUCACAUAAUCUUAUAUCUGAUGCAUGGUACUAGAUCACUAAGCAUUGUGAAAGUUUAGGAUUAGAAGUGGAGAGAAAUGGCAUAUAGUAAGUUACUUCUGGUUUGGUACAUACAUAAAAGAGUUCCCCCUUUUGGCUCUUUUGAGAAAAAAGAACAAACACAGAAUGAUUAUUCUAGUUUUUUUGGUCUCCAUGUGCCCUUGGCAUGAGUGGGGCUUACUAUCUGCAAAAUUACUGAUAACGAGGCUGAGGUUUUUUUGCAUUUUCAUUUAAAUGUUAAACCUCUUUUCCCUCUGUGUGCUGCAGCUUGUUGUGGAUGGAAACAAUCAAAACUCUUGUUUGUUGUUUGUUAAGGUGCCAUGCCUGUUCUGAUUUAUCCGAUUAACUAAUUUCUUUUUUCUAACUUAUUCUACAAUUUCAAUGUAAUCGCCUUAUCUCUACUAAUUUCUUUCUUUGGAAAAGCAUGUGGCCAGCGAAUUCCUCGAUCAAUGAUGUUCCCUUGUUGGUUCCCACCUUUAACAUUGAGAGAACAGAAAUGUUAGAUUAUCUAAACCUCCAAUCCUCAGAUCUCACACCAUAUGCUUUGCUCUUUACUUAGAGAACAACCUGACAAAAUUCUCUUCAACUUUAUUGAGCAUUUGAUCCAUAAUUCAACAGAUAUCUUAGAGAUUUUGUGGUGUGGAUAUUACUAUUGGUUUCUUUAGACCCACGUCGCUUAUCAUUUGCCAUAAAAAAAGGGAAG